AGUUGUGUUAAGAAGGUGAAAGUUAACAUAAGCGAAGAGUAGUACUGUACGACAGAGCAAGCGCAGUACGAAAAAAAGCACUCGUAUAAAUAAAACGAAAGUCCGCGAUCACUUCUUGGCUAGUGCUUGAAAUUUCAGCAUGGCUGACAAAAGAUUAUGGCUGUGUUGUUUGUUGAUACUUUCAAUUGCUUAUGCACAAGAUGAUGAAGAAGACGAAGGAAAUGAACCAUCAAUAGAAAAACUUUGUGAAAAUAGACCGGCUGACGAAUAUUUUCGAAGAAGUACUGACGGAGACUGCAGAGAAGUUGUAAGGUGUGAUUUCAAUUCAGACAUUAGGGGUCGUACUAGACUAGCAGCUGUAAAAUGUCCGAUCGGACUAGCUUUCGAUCUUGAUCGACAGACUUGUGACUGGAAAGUCAAUGUCAAAAAUUGUGAUAAUCUAGAAAAACCAAGAAAAGUUCUUCCGAUUUUUAAAACAGACGAACCACGAUGCCCCGAAGGAAAACUUAUGUGUGGUAAUGAAGAAUGUAUUGAUAAAGAGCUUUUCUGCAAUGGAAAAGCUGAAUGUAAAGAUGAGUCUGACGAGAACGCAUGUGAUGUUGAUACUGAUCCGAAUCGUGCACCAGAUUGCGAUCCAACCCAAUGUGCUCUGCCGGAUUGUUUCUGUUCAGCUGACGGUACAAGAAUUCCAGGUGCAUUAGAACCUUCCAACGUACCACAAAUGAUCACGUUAUCAUUCAACGGUGCAGUUAACGUAGAUAAUAUUGAUCUUUACGAAGAAAUCUUCUCCGGUACCAGACUCAAUCCAAACGGUUGCCAAAUUAAAGGAAACUUCUUCGUUUCUCACAAAUAUACUAACUACUCAGCAGUACAGGAUCUUCACAGGCGCGGUCACGAGAUCGCAGUCUUUUCUUUAACACAUAAAGAAGACCCAAACUACUGGUCGCAAGGUUCUUACGAUGAUUGGCUUGCUGAAAUGGCAGGAGCUAGAUUAAUCAUUGAAAGAUUCGCUAACAUCACCGAUGGAUCAAUAAUUGGUGUUCGCGCUCCUUAUCUAAGAGUAGGAGGAAAUAAACAAUUCGAAAUGAUGACAGAUCAAUUUUUCAUCUACGAUGCCUCAAUUACAGCUUCACUCGGACGCGUACCAAUAUGGCCUUACACUCUCUACUUCAGAAUGCCACAUAAAUGUAAUGGUAACGCUCAUAACUGUCCUAGUAGAAGUCAUCCAGUUUGGGAAAUAGUCAUGAACGAACUGGAUAGACGUGAUGACCCUACCUUCGACGAAUCACUCCCAGGUUGUCACAUGGUCGACUCUUGUUCUAACAUCCAAACCGGAGAUCAAUUCGCUAGACUCUUGAGACACAACUUCAACAGACAUUUCAAUUCAAACAGAGCUCCUUUGGGACUGAACUUCCACGCUUCCUGGUUGAAAAGCAAAAAGGAAUUCAGGGAAGAAUUGAUCAAGUUCAUUGAAGAAAUGUUGGCACGUAAUGAUGUUUACUUUGUAACAAACAGUCAAAUCAUCCAAUGGAUACAGAAUCCAACUGAAAUCAACUCAUUAAGAGAUUUCUCCGAAUGGAAGGAGAAGUGCGACAUCAAGGGUCAACCAUACUGCUCCUUACCCAAUUCAUGUCCCUUGACUACCAGAGAAUUGCCAGGGGAGACACUGCGACUUUUCACUUGUAUGGAAUGCCCAAAUAAUUAUCCUUGGAUAUUAGAUCCUACCGGAGACGGUUUCUCGGUUUAGUAAACUAUUUAUUUAGUCAUUUUAAAAAUUAAACCGUCUACUUUUAUUACAAAAAGACAACAAUAAGUUCAAUGAACUAAUUCACUUUAAAAGACUUUUGUAUAUAGCUGUAGUCUAUUUUCUAUUUCAAGUACUUACCUUGCCAAGAUCUUUUCCUGUAUUUAUAUUUCGACAUAAAUUUGGACAAUGUUAUGAUAAGUAAUAUUUGUUGAAUAAAAAUAUAUUAAAACCUCUA